AUGGAUCCCUCACGUGAGAAGUCAUCGCUCGAGAAAGAGACAGAGCAGGAGACAGAGAGGACAGACUUGCCUGCGAACACCCAGAUUCACGUCAGCCCUCCGGAAGAGCACCGAGCAGCUGCGGCAGCCGAUCUAGAGAGGGAUCCCGAGAAAGAUGCCAUUGCGAAAGACAUCUCUGCCACCGCGACUAAUACGCCAGAGCGAGAUUCCAGACAUCUCAGCGUCGAUCUCGACGAGCAAGCAAGAGUCAAGCGCGAGUCGGUGGAAUCCAGGCUUUCGGGACUGAGAGACUCUUCUGUGCUAUCGAUCAGCGACUUCGAUGAGCUGGAAGCGCGAGGGCAAGACGGCGUCUCGCCUCUGCCCCAGCGGCCUGUACCAAGUCGUGGGGGGACGACCGCAUCUGCCAAAUCUACCGCUUCGCGAAGAAGUAUGCCGCCCCUGCGACGGAAGGAGACAAGACUCGCACAGAAGGAAGCACACCCAUGGCAACAUCUUGGCAUCACGCUGGGCCUUCCUAUGAUUCUGCUGUUCGACCUUGUGGUCCCAUGCAUCGUCUAUUACGUCUGGUACGACAAGCGCCGCGCUGAGUGGGCGGGGCAUUGCAAAGAGCAGUACCCGAACCAGGCAUGUCCCAUACCCAAGCCAGAAUACGACUCGGAUAUCCUCGGCGCAGCAGUGGGCUGCUUCGGGAUCGGCGAGCUUUGGAUAUUGGUUGCACGAGUAUGGCGACUGUUCUAUCGCCGGGAAGAAUGUGCGCCGCUGUUGUCAAGGAAUCGCUGGGAGCUCGACGCCACAUCGUGGGUCUACGGAGUUGCCAUGAUACUUGCUCUGAUACCUUUCGUAGUGGGAGCGGACCUCGAGAUCCCGCAACUGUACCUCUAUGCGCCCAGCUUCAUCAUGGGCUUCCUCGGAAUACUCAUGGUGAUCACCACGCUGUGCCCAAUCAAGAUACCCAUCGGCAUCAACUCCCAUCCCCGAGGCUCCGGAUUGCGACCCUUCAUCUACUACGCCGCCGAGGACUUCAUUGCCGUCGACGGCUUGCAAGAUCGAGAAUUCCGUAUCCGGUACAAUGAGCGGUACGAGACGAACAAGAUGUUCCGGCAGUUCUUCCUGUACCUCACCCUCUGGUGGAUCCUUGGGGUGAUGAUCUACAUCGGGUGUGUGUCGGCGGUGAUCUGGACGCUGGAGUUCCACUACGCAUUCGGGCUGUCGCUCGGAGUUCUGUUCUCGUACAUUGCGAUAUGGGCGGCUGUAACGGUAGUAUGGGUCAACGUGGAGAUGAAGCGAGAACAUCGGAAGUAUGAAGAGGAUGAGAUAGAGGCGUGA